UAAGCUAAGAAUUCACCAAUUAGGGUUUAGCUAUUAUUCUCGCAGCUCCUCAAGCGUAGCCACUUUCAGCGAGAGAGAAGAGGGCUUGGCCGAAAAUGGUGAAGGGACGCCAAGGAGAGCGAGUCAGACUCUACGUCAGAGGGACCAUCCUCGGAUACAAGAGGUCCAAGUCAAACCAGUAUCCAAACACGUCAUUAAUCCAGAUUGAAGGAGUGAAUACCAAGGAAGAGGUUGCCUGGUAUGCUGGAAAGCGCAUGGCUUAUAUAUACAAGGCCAAGGUAAAGAAGAAUGGAUCACACUAUCGCUGCAUUUGGGGCAAGGUCACCAGGCCUCAUGGUAACAGCGGUGUUGUACGAGCUAAGUUCAAGUCCAAUCUGCCCCCAAAAUCAAUGGGAGAUAGGGUUAGAGUCUUCAUGUACCCCAGCAACAUAUGAGUGUCACAAGAUGGCAGAUUGAGUUCAUUGUUGACUUGGAGCGAUCUGUGUUACUUGUUUUGUAAGCCAAGUUUAAACUUGUUAUGUGCUUUUUAGUUUUGAGAGAGUUAUUAUUGUUUGUUUAGAAGCUGGAUGAACAUUAUUAUUUUUUGCCGCCUUAUUAAUCUCACUCAGGAAUUUUUAAACCUUUGUUGUUUAUUGAAUGGUCGAGUAUAUUAGAGUUUUCUUUGAACUAAA